UCAGGGUUUUUCACUGCCCAAUCCGCAAGGCCAUCACGCUUCCAAUCGCUGAGUUCUCUAGCGAUAACAUGCCGUCAGUUUACACCCUCUUGAACCAUUCCUCAGUCCGGAGAUAGGCUGCUCUGCCGUGCGGAGUGUAUUUAAAGGACCUUAUUUCACCCGCUUCUUCCUCCCUGGUGUCAGGACUAGAUUCUUCUAUCCUUCUACCUUUGUAUCCCAGGAACGCAACGAACUCAUAGUGCCGGCUCACUAUGUUACGUGCUCAUGCAGCUCGUUCUUUUCGUGACACAGCCUCAAGUAUUUCGGGUGUACCCAAUUCCUACCCUCGAGGUGAAGCGUAUAGAGAUUCGAGACGGAAUCAGACCAUCAUCAGCCUCUUGAAUGUCCUGAGCGAACUUAGUAACGAGUCUUCUCCAGACAACGAUGUCAACCUUCCUCCCGCCUUUGAGGAUUACGAUCCGACAGUAGAUGAGAAAAUGCAAAUCGCUGGAUCGGAAUCAUUCAACAAAUUUGAGAGGCGAAUAGAAAAUCUUGACAAAGAGCUGCGCAACUUCGCCAAUGCUGCUCGCCAGCUUGGCAGUUCCGUUGGAAUCUUAUCCUCUGGUUUUCGACUACGAGAGCGCCUUGCGAAAUUGCUAGUUCUGUUCCGCGAGAAUGCAGCUACUUUGUUUCCUCGGAAGAUUUCGCGUCAACCUCGAGAAGUGCCGAUUGUCCAUGAGUGGACAGAGCAACGGCGCACAGAUAUUCAACCUUUGUCCAAGGCCCACCCCGAUCCUGAAAGUUUUCCCGAGCAAUUUUCUGGUUUCGCAGAAGACGUCGUAACGUUUCUGAACUGCCUGAACGAGUUCCCGGAGUUUACAGACGAGGCAGUCAAUACGUCAAUGCUUGCUUUCGAAUGUGAUCUGAAGUAUUGGGCUUCGUGUCUUCCGGAGUACAAAGGUCAAUUUCGGUAUCCAGCAGUGCAGCGUUAUAUCCAUGAUUUGACAUCGGAGAUUGGGGAGCACAUUGACAACAUCACAGUCAAUUUGUCCAUGUUUAUUGAAAUCGGUGUCCCGACCAUUCGAUUCGCCCAGCAUCAUGCAGCAUCAAACUUGUUAAACUUAUCGACAGUAGCGACAUUUUUUUCGGUCGUGACGGCAACGACCUUACAGUUCUCAUACCGGUUAACAGACGGCGUGCUGGCGACUUGUGUCAAUGCGCUCUGGUUCUCUUCAUUGGUUUUCAGUAUAGCAGCCGCUGUGAACAGUCUCCUUGGUCUCACCUGGAAGCAAGCGAUGUAUCGCUCUCCAGGCCACAGGGUACCUUGGUGGGUGUUGAUAUGGAUCAAACGUUCGCCUUUAGUGUUCCUCGUGAUGUCUGUGGCAUGCUUUUCCGUGGGCUUGAUGCUGUUCACAUAUGCUACAGAACAGGGAUUCGUCACGUCUACGAUCACCACUGUUUUCACGGCAAUCACCUCCUUCGGCCUGGCUGUUGUCUCGGCUUGGUUCGUCGCAGAGCGUUGGGUAUUUGUUCACUACCAUGGCCAGGUCUGGCUGGAUGAUGUAAUCAACGAAGCAACCCAUCGCAUGCUGGGCCUUUGUCUAGUCGUGGCAAUGCGGAAUAUCAUUCACUGGUGCAUCUUCACCAUCAGCGGCCUGUUAAAACGGGUGUCUUUCAAGUUCCCCGACAUGAUCACCCGGAUUGGACGUAGGGACCAUACACUUCCCACCAUACAGGAGGGCCCGCCGAUGGAUGAUCUUUCUCACCACCGUGAUAUCUCUACAUCUGCAUGCUCGGCUUUUACUGAUCACCCCACUUCAAUAAAAGGGCUUGCGAGUGAGGAUAGCAAGUCGUCUCACUCAGCCAUCGCUCGUCAGCGCUUCAAAGGAGCUGUGCGUUCUGUUAUCGUAAUGCAACAGCAGCAAGCGGGGCGACCCUUGAUGCCGCAACGGAUCCCAUCCUUCGAUUGGAACUCUGCCAUGGGGAUGUCUCCCACCCGGCCCUCAUCCGUGGAUUUGGAUGCCAUUCGAGGACCGCGAGCCGCUUUGAUCCCGAAACUUAAAACCCUAGAACCUGUGCAGGACCUCUCCGUACACACCGCCCUUGUCCGGCAUUUACAAUUUUCCCCGAGUGGCAAGUAUUUAGCUACGUCAAGUUGGGAUCGAUCUUCCGUCAUCUUUCGCGUUGAGGAUGCUUUUUCAAUUCAUGCUAUUUUGGUACACGUGCGAGGCUUCAUUGGUCAGGUUGCAUGGUCCGAUUCUAGUACCCUUCUCUUGACGAGAUUACCCCGCGAAAUCAAGGUUUGGACAGAGGAUGGACUCUGUAAGAAAACGAUUGAACGCCCGCACUCUGUGUCAUCCGUUGUAUGGCUGCCUGCGAACGAGACACAAUUCUUUUCCGUCGAAGGUAGUAGAGUUCUCAAACUGGACAUUAAAGGAAGGGUUCUUGAUUCUUAUCACUUCGGUGGCAUCCAGUUGCACAGCGUGGCGGUGACCCCAGAUGGUCAGCGGUUGCUAGGUGUAGGUCCACUGCUCGCGGCACCCAACGGGAUGCAUCCAAGUCGCACUACUAGGGUUGAGAAGUGUAUAGUAGUUUUCAAUAUAGAGACCAGAACAUUUGAAAAUCGAAUACCCGUCUUCGACGACGUGCGUGACAUCAAGGUGUCUAAAAGGGGUGGAAAUGUGCUGGUUUCAUUCGAGUACAAGACACCUCCGCAGUUAUGGAAGAUGGAGCUAGUUCGGGAUAAUAAAGACCGUGAAAAUCCCCAUGCCCAGACCGCUAGGCUUAUUCUCCGUCACACGUAUGAGCCUACAGCUCAUGUGGAUUUCGUGGGCCCGAGUUACUUCGGCGGUAUGGAUGAUCAGCUAGUGUUAUGUGCAGGCAAAGCGGGCGAUAUCCAUAUCUGGGAACGCGAUACUGCAAUUUUGCUCCACUAUAUUAGGCCCCAGGUGUUCGACGGGGAUUUGACAUGCGUCACAUGGAAUCGUUCCACCGACGAUUCCUUCAUGUUAGCAACAGGCAGUCAUGACGGUACAGUACAGAUAUGGAAGACACCGAUGUGGGACGGCUCAUCUGAUGGCGGUUCGUAUCUUGAGCAUAGUGGCAUGUCAGCCGCGGACCAACACAUGUCUUCACUCAUCCUUGGCCCACCACCUGUGCCUCGAUCCAGUCGAGGGCAUUGAGAAACGGCACUGACCCAUACAUACCAAAACCGCCAGCUAGCAUGAUGCGUAGAACUAUGUUCAUGGAUGGAUAUUCCCUAUAAGUAUCUAUGGUCUUCAUUGGUUAUUUACACAUACUUAGGCCUUUGUUUCAAAAUAAUUCCUGGUAAAUGAACUGGAUUUGUUGACCGUGUUGAC